AAACUUUUAAGUGUCACUUAUCAUGGUCAAAAGGUUACGUUAUUGAAUAAGUAUUAAAUCAAAAUCUUGGUAAUAUAUAUAUAUAUAUAUCUAUGUAGAAUACAAGAGUUUUCUGCUCAACAUAUGUGACAAAUGAAAGAAAAAUGCCCGCAGAGAACAUUCAAUAUUCUGAAAAGUAUGCUGACGAAAAGUAUGAAUAUAGGCAUGUAAUUCUGCCUCCAGAUUUAGCAAAAUUAGUGCCUCGACCACAUUUAAUGACUGAAACCGAAUGGAGAAAUUUAGGAGUUCAACAAAGUCCUAAUUGGGUUCAUUAUAUGUUACAUACUCCAGAGCCACAUGUCUUAUUGUUUCGACGACCACUAAUUACCAAUACUUAUCGUGAAUUUUGAAAAAUUGCUAUUUAUUAAUAAUUAAAUUAUUAUGUAAUUGAAAUAAUUGAUUGAUACUUUAAAUGUAUACUCAAUGUAUACCUCAUUUGACUAUUCUCUUUAAAUAUAUUUCCUAGUCCAGUUAAA